CCCCCCCCCUUCUUUAUCUAGCCAGUGUGUGGUGCUGUGGGGUGAGGGAUGAGGGACAGAGGGAUAUUGCCGACAGAGAUUUGAGACUAGAAAUGUUGAAGUUUGGAAGCAAAAACGAUGUGACAGUGGUGCAUCGCGCCACUAUUCGCCUUUUGGAUGACACCGAGAUUAUACAGUGCGAUUUUCAGCCUCAACACAAGGGAAGAUUCAUCCUCGAGUACGUGUGUAAACAGUUGAACAUAUUGGAGACGGAUUACUUCGGCCUGAGAUACGUCGAUCACUCAAGGCAGAGGCAUUGGUUGGAUCUGGCUAAAACCGCGAUCAAACAAGUCAAAGACAUGGAUCCGAUCCUCUUCAGUUUCCGCGUCAAAUUUUAUCCUCCGGAUCCUUUUCGGUUGAAGGAGGAAAUAACCAGGUAUCAGGUGUAUCAGCAACUGAAAAGGGACCUCUUGCAUGGCAGGCUUUACUGCAGUCCCGGUGAGGCUGCUUUGCUGGCUGCCUGCGUCGUUCAAAGCGAGCUGGGUGACUACGAUCCGGAAAUACACGAAGGUAACUACAUUUCGGAACACAAGCUCUUGCUGAAACAGACCGAGACGAUCGAGGAGAAGGCGAUGGAUCUCCACCAGACCCAACUUAAGGGCUUCACGCCCGAACAAGCCGAGACGCAUUUUUUGAGGCUGGCUUCUCAGCUGGAUACCUACGCCGUCGACCCACAUCCGGUCAAGGAUCACAGAGGGUCUCAACUGUACUUGGGUAUAAAUCACUGCGGCAUUCUGACCUUUCAAGGAUCGCGGAAAACGCAUCACUUCCGCUGGCCGGAAGUACAAAAGAUCAAUUACGAGGGGAAGAUGUUUAUUGUACAUCUUACGUUUAACGAGGACUUGAGGACUAAGAAAAAGCACACGGUUGGUUUUAAGUGCCUAACCGGUUCGAGUUGUCGGCAUGUCUGGAGGUGUGCGAUAGAACAAAUGCUAUUUUUCACAUUACCCCGGGCUUCCGACGCUCCUGUGGUUAGUGGCGGUUCCAUAUUUUCAUGGGGCACUAAAUUCAAGUACACCGGUCGCACUGAGAAAGAAGUUCUCGAAGAGACGGGUCCGCUUCGAAAGGAGGAACCUGCUAUUCAACGUGGUAACGCACGCACAUCUAGUCUCAGAAGAAAGGCGAGCAGCGUUCCUGCCACGCCGAGCACCCCCAGUCAAGAUUUGGUCGAAAUUCGAUACUCGAGCUUGCCACGGAGUUGUCAUAGUGCUGGUCUCGACGGUACUGGGAUAUGUGAAAGUGGCGGAGUUCCUUUCAGCUCUCCGUACUGCCCAGACAACACUCUGCCUCUGUUGGAGACGGUGUCGGAAGAUCAAGAGAUUCACGCUCGUCGAAAUAACGCCGUAGACGAGAAUGAUUCGCAUGCGAACGCAGCCGGCGAACAGAUACAGCCGGUGAAAAAGUUGAAAUUUGCAAAGACGACGUUCAGCAAGGCACCGCCAUUGUACAGUCAGAGAAUAGUGAUAGGUACGGAGGAGUUAAGUGGCAAAAAUAUCGAUAAACUGGUGAGGCAAAAGAUAGAUUCAUUUGAAAAAAGUCCAAAAGUCGUCAGAUCCACGGCCCUCAUUGUUAAAACGUCAAAAACACUGGCAAAUGGAAUUUCUUCUUGCCCAAAUUCAUCGACUAUCAACUCAACUUCAAAUAUAAAGUUGAACGGUAACGUUUACCUAUCCAAAGACUCUGCCCCAACGGAUUUGAGCCGAGGUCUAUCUUCCUCGUCCAGGCAUUUGCUCGACGAUUCCAAUCUCCAGGAUAUCGCAGGCAUGAGGAAGUUCCAGGUAAACCCAAAGAUAGACGAUCCAGCACCGGGGAGAAAUCGAAUUAACUUUACGGACGGUGAUGCUCUUUCGAACACAGUGGGCGCAGACGAGGCGGACACGAAUGACUAUUACUUCAGGGAUUCGUUCGACCAUUCGUCAUCCGAAAGCCAGCUAUUAGAUGCGACAGGAAAGCCUCACAGUAGAUCUGUGACGCCUGUGCCGAAGAUGCAGAAGCUGCAGAACUCGAAAUUAUGCUUACAAGUUCAGGGGUCGGGAAAAGUGUCCCAUAAACGUCUUCACGUAAUAAAAAUUUUCGUCCCGGCGCUGAUGCUGACCAUUGUUGUACUCUGCAUUGUGACGGUGCUGAUAUUCGAAACUGAUACGGCGCUGUUUAACAGCAUGCGAAAGACACCGGAAAUGGUUGCUCUUAGGAAUCAGUGCUACGCACCUAUAAGGGAGUUUUUAAAAAGCAAAUUUGGCCUGUUCUGAUGUCGUCUACGAUAUGAGAAAAAUUUUCAUAAUCUAAACUCUUAACGACAGUGCCAAUUUAAUCAGGGACGAGAUAGGUUUACUAUUAUAAUAGAUUGUGCGGUAAAUCGGACCGCUAUACUUCUAAUCAAAUCUAAAUCAACGUACUAUGUUAUCAGUUCGACGACUUCAAUGUCAAUCGCCGCAUUAAUAUUUUUCCUUUUAGGCUGUUUGUACGCUUUCACGAUGCCUGUAACUUGCAACGUUAAACGAAAACUGGAAUCCGAAUUCCAUCGCUGUAUCUUUUCACCCUCUAUCAAAGUGACCAAACUUCCGAGUUUCAAUUACUUCUUAAAUUUUCAUCCGCAGAUAUUGACAUUGCUUAAUUUUAACGCCAAUCUUAUUUUGAAUUUGGUCGAUUGUGGCUUGCGAAUUAUUUACUAUACCUGUUGCGAAAUUGCUGAUAAGAUUUUCUCAUGAGGGUUAGAAAAAGAGCGCUGUGAUUUAAUUGAA